AUGUGGCUAGAGGAUUACUCGCAGCUGACUCGGGGAGCUCUGGUUUCUCCGCACUCUACUGGCAGCGCCUACCAGAUUGUUGUUGAGGAGCUGCACCCGCACCGAACAAAGCGAGAAACGGGUGCCAUGGAGUGCUACCAAAUCCCUGUCACCUAUCAGACUGCUCUUAGCGGAGGGUCUCCGUAUUACUUUGCUGCUGAGCUGCCCCCAGGAAACCUGCCAGAGCCAGCCCCCUUUACCGUGGGUGACAACAGGACUUACCAGGGUUUCUGGAACCCGCCGCUGGCUCCUCGGAAAGGCUACAACAUCUAUUUCCAGGCCAUGAGCAGUGUUGAGAAGGAAACCAAAACUCAGUGUGUUCGAAUAGCUACAAAAGCAGCAGCAACAGAAGAACCUGAGGUGAUUCCGGAUCCGGCUAAGCAAACAGAUCGAGUGGUGAAAAUAGCAGGAAUAAGUGCUGGAAUUCUGGUAUUCAUCCUGCUUCUCCUUGUGGUCAUAUUGAUCGUCAAAAAAAGUAAACUUGCAAAGAAGCGCAAGGAUGCCAUGGGGACCACCCGCCAGGAGAUGACACACAUGGUGAAUGCGAUGGAUAGGAGUUACGCUGACCAGAGCACCCUGCAUGCAGAGGAUCCCCUUUCAAUCACAUUUAUGGACUCUCAUAACUUCAGCCCCAGAUUGCCCAAUGAUCCACUUGUGCCGACAGCUGUGUUAGUGCCUAUUACUGAUGAAAAUCACAGUGCGACAGCAGAGUCCAGCCGACUCCUGGAUGUCCCUCGUUACAUCUGCGAAGGCACAGAAUCCCCGUACCAGACUGGGCAGCUGCACCCUGCCAUCAGGGUGGCUGAUCUGCUGCAGCAUAUUAACCUAAUGAAGACCUCUGACAGCUAUGGAUUUAAAGAGGAGUAUGAGAGUUUCUUUGAGGGGCAGUCAGCUUCUUGGGAUGUCGCUAAGAAGGAUCAAAACAGAACAAAGAACCGCUAUGGAAACAUUAUAGCAUAUGACCACUCCAGGGUGAUUUUGCAACCUGUUGAAGAUGAUCCAUCUUCAGAUUACAUUAAUGCCAACUACAUAGAUAUUUGGCUGUACAGGGAUGGAUAUCAGAGACCAAGUCACUACAUUGCAACCCAAGGUCCAGUUCAUGAGACUGUGUAUGACUUUUGGAGAAUGAUAUGGCAAGAGCAAUCAGCUUGUGUUGUGAUGGUCACAAAUUUAGUGGAAGUUGGGAGAGUCAAGUGCUACAAGUACUGGCCUGAUGACACAGAAGUUUAUGGUGACUUCAAAGUGACCUGUAUAGAGAUGGAGCCCCUUGCGGAGUAUGUCGUCAGGACCUUCACUCUGGGAAGGAGGGGAUACAAUGAAAUCCGUGAAGUUAAACAGUUCCAUUUCACCGGCUGGCCAGAUCAUGGAGUUCCUUACAAUGCCACGGGCCUGCUUUCCUUUAUACGGAGAGUCAAAUUAUCUAACCCUCCUAGUGCAGGGCCUAUUGUUGUCCAUUGCAGUGCUGGUGCUGGACGAACAGGUUGUUAUAUUGUGAUCGAUAUCAUGUUAGAUAUGGCAGAAAGAGAAGGUGUUGUGGAUAUCUACAACUGUGUCAAAGCCUUACGGUCCCGUCGCAUCAACAUGGUACAGACAGAGGAGCAGUACAUCUUUAUUCAUGAUGCCAUUCUAGAAGCUUGCCUGUGUGGAGAAACUGCCAUUCCUGUCUGCGAAUUCAAAGCUGCUUAUUUUGAUAUGAUUAGAAUAGACUCUCAGACGAAUUCUUCACAUCUCAAAGAUGAGUUUCAGACCCUGAAUUCUGUGACCCCUCGCCUGCAAGCGGAGGACUGCAGUAUAGCCUGCUUGCCAAGGAACCACGACAAGAACCGCUUCAUGGAUAUGCUGCCACCUGACAGAUGUCUGCCUUUCUUAAUUACUAUUGAUGGGGAGAGCAGCAACUACAUCAAUGCUGCUCUUAUGGAUAGCUACAGGCAGCCAGCAGCUUUUAUUGUCACACAACAUCCUUUACCAAACACUGUGAAAGAUUUCUGGAGAUUAGUGUAUGACUAUGGCUGUACUUCUCUUGUGAUGUUAAAUGAAGUCGACUUAGCACAGGGCUGCCCCCAAUACUGGCCCGAGGAAGGCAUACUGCGGUACGGUCCCAUCCAAGUGGAAUGCAUGUCAUGUUCAAUGGACUGCGACGUCAUAAACCGAAUUUUCAGGAUAUGCAAUCUAACGAGACCACAAGAGGGCUAUCUGAUGGUGCAGCAGUUCCAGUAUUUGGGAUGGGCUUCUCACAGAGAUGUACCAGCUUCCAAGAGAUCCUUCUUGAAGUUAAUUCUCCAGGUUGAAAAAUGGCAAGAGGAAUGUGAAGAAGGGGAGGGCCGGACCAUCAUCCAUUGCCUAAACGGCGGUGGCCGGAGCGGGAUGUUCUGUGCCAUCGGCAUUGUGGUUGAGAUGGUAAAAAGGCAGAACGUUGUGGAUGUUUUCCACGCCGUGAAGACUUUGCGGAACAGUAAGCCCAACAUGGUAGAAACUCCGGAGCAAUAUCGCUUCUGCUAUGAUGUUGCGCUGGAGUACUUGGAAUCCUCUUAGUCAGAAUGGAUGUGACAAAGUUCACCAAAUACAUGAAUCUCAAUAAGCUGUUUUGACAACAGUUCUUGAUCCUGUGAAGAAAGAUUUUAGGGGAAGAGGGGGGUGGGAGGGAUUUUAAAUUUUAAAUGCAAAGUAUUUUUCUUAUGAAGUUGUGUAUCUUAAUAAAAGAACUCAAUCUGUUUCUAUGCUUGUAUACAGUAUCAACAUUUAGUGCCACAUAAAUACUAUUUAAUGAAACCCAGAGUCAGAAGAGAUUUGC